GGGAGACUACCUGCGGUGCUGCAGGUUCUGUUACCCUUUAUGUGCGUUUGUCAUUCUUGCUGCUUGUGUGGUCGCAUGUGUUGGCUUAGUCUGGAUGCAGGUGGCUCUCAAGGAGGACUUGGAUGCAAUAAAGGAGAAGUUUCGAACUAUGGAAUCUAAUCAAAAGACAUCAUUCCAAGAAAUUCCUAAACUGAAUGAAGAUUUGGUGCAGAACCAAAAGCAGCUAGAACAAAUUGAGACUGGAGAACUGGGCCUGAGUAAAAUUUGGAUCAAUAUCACAGAGAUCAAUAAACAGAUAUCACUAUUAACCUCAACAGUAAAUCAUCUCAAAAACAAUAUAAAAUCUGCUGCUGACCUGAUUUCUCUUCCCCUCACAGUAGAGAAACUUCAGAAGACUGUAGCCAACAUAGGUAGCACCCUUACUAGUGUGGCUCAUGAUGUUGAAAAUAUACAGACAGCUAUUGAGGAAUACAAGAAAUCCAUAGAAAUACUCCAGAAUGAUGUGAAGGAAUUAAAACAGCUGCCUUCACUUCCCUCCACUGUUGUGCCAAGGACUGAGGGAAAUCAGACAGAAUACUGUAAAAAGGAAAGCCAGGCACUGCAUGCAGCUUUGGAACAGCUAAAUAAUACUGUAGUGGUGUACCAAAAGUUGAAUGACAUCAAGCUUCUAAAUGUGGAUUCAGCCAUUGGCAACCUCAGCCGGAAAGUUACGCUGUUGGAAAACUCUCCCCUGGUUGUGAAAAACCCGGACAAAAGAGAGAACUCAUCCACCAUCGUGGGGAAUAAUGCAACUACCUCUCUAAAUGUGGAAAAUGAAGAUCAACUAGAUAGUGAAACUCAGUCAAAAAAAGAACUGAAGGAAGCAGGAACUACUAGAGAUCCUCAGGUAUCAAAACUAAAAGAGACUCUUCAGCUGAUCAGUGCUCUCACAAGCAAGUCAGAAAAUGACAGACCCAUUGAGGCAUCAAAGAAUGUUGAAGGUAGUCAGACUACUACAGCAAAGCCCACAGACCUUUCAAGGGUGGCUUCAAGGUCAGCUGGUGACAACACAGAGAGAAAUGGGCAGCUGAGCCAUCUGUCCUUGCCAGGAAUUUCCAGCAUCGAAGAUCUUCAGAAACUGUUUGAAAAAGCACCUGCAGAUGCUGAUGGAAAACUCUCUUACAAAGACCUUCAAAAGCUGUUUGGCUCCACAGCCCAAGAAUCAGAGAGCUUUAAGGAGUUUGACACAGAUGGAGAUGAGAAAUACACACUGAAAGAACUGAGAUCAGCAUUAGGUCUAUAGGGUGUAUGUUUAGGAAUGUGAUAUUGGUGGAUGUUACUGUAGCUAAAGGAAGCUACAGACAUGAAAAUCUGUGGCUGCACUUUCCCAGUGUUUGACUGAUCUUUGGAGCUAAAUUACUGUACACAUUGCCACCUCUUUUUCAGUUGCAUUUAUUGAAAAGAAAUUUACAAAUUUAUAUGUCAAUAGGACAUAAUAUUGGGACUUUGUUAAAAUCAAGAAAAUUCCCAAACUUGGAAACAUUUUCCUCUCAUUAUUUCCUUUUCAAGGGAGUUAUUGCUUAUAAUUUAAAAUGUGUACAUACUAAAAUAAAACUAUGGUUUUAUAUUUCACUGAAAUUUGCCUUAAAUUAGAGAGCUGCACUUUAUGUAGAGCAGAAGGGAAAUCUGUCUUGUGAAGAUGGGCUGCUUCUGCUUGUAAAUAUUUGAGAUAGAGUAAAUUAUGCAUAUUUAAGGACAAGUUGUGUCAGGGGCUGUGUUGGUAGUAAUCUGUUUAUAAUGAGAGACUGAGCCUGGAAUGGAGGUUUAAGAGAUUCAGCUAAAUUUCUGAUUUUUACUAACUAUAUCCAUGAAUAAAUUUGGCCUCAGAGGAAAGCAGGAGGGGUAAGUCCUGCCCAUCUAUAGCAGGAUGUAUUUUUAAAGGGAAGAGUUGAAAGUUUUUAUAUCAUGAGCCUACAGGAGCAAUUAACUUGCUGAGUGCUUGAGUUUUCACUUCAGCGUUGUUUAGGCUUUGCUGUGUUGCAUUCAGAUUAUAUUUUGUGAGAUGAGCCUGUCUAUUUAUUUUUUUUAAAUGAACAUAUUUAAUAGCUUUAAUAGAUGCUUAAGAGGUAAAAGCCUCCAGUGCAGCCUGCUGAGCAGCACCUGAGCAGUUCAUAUCUCAGUGGUGCUCUGGUACACUCCAGGAGUGUGAGCAGGUGGGAAGGCCCAGAGAACACUUGGGAGCUCUUUCCUGGCUAUUGUGACCGUGAUCCCUUCUUGGUACCUUUAUUUUUUGUCUCCUUGCCAGCAGAAGGAUGUAAAAAGCUGUGUAGGCAUGUGCAAUCCCAUCAUCAUUCUGUACUGACACAUGGUUUGUAAGUGAGGUUUCCUUACUAAAGGAACUUAGAUCAUAGUAGUGGAUCUAAACACAGAGUGUAUUUAUCACCUUCUGGAACAUUGAAAAAUUACUUUUGCAGAGGGGAUUCUCUUGCAGGGUAGAUGAGGGCCAAGUUGGGUAAUUGUGCUCACAAAUAUCGCUGAUCUUGUUAAAGAGUUUUUUGCAUGAUUAGUGAGUUGAAAUUUCCCACCUCGCUGAAACAUCAGCUUAUGAGGAAGUCAGUUCAUAAAUGUUGACUUUUAUAUUACUUUAGACUGGAUGUUUUAUCAAUAAUUGUAUUUUGGAAGUAUGAAUCAGCAAAGGAAUGUACAAAUUGGAGCCCUGUUACCCAUUUCCUAGGCUUCUUUCACUGUUGCUCUUCUAUCCUGUUUGGGUAAUGCAGAUGCCACCCAGUACCAAAAUGCUUUUGAUGUGACAUUUGAAAACACCGUAUUUAAAAACAAAACCAAACCAACCAACCUUGGCUUCAGAGAGGACAAGAAGCCAACACUUGCUUCUUGCCACUUCCCAUACCCUUUUAUACAUUACUGUAUAAAUCCUUAACCAAAUAAAGAAAAAAAAAGCAAUAAAAUGUAACCAUUCUGAUAUUUUAUUUGUACAUAAUGUAUCAUAGCCAUAUGCCAGAGUUUGCAAAAUAUUUUUGGAAGUUUAUUUGUAUGAAAUUUAACUUUAUCUUAAAAUUUAAAAGAUUAUAGUACUGCCUUGUGAA